GUCAAGUAGAGAAAGCUGAACAACACAAGCUAUUGUUAGUGAAGAGAAGAGAGAUCAGUCGGUGUAACUCUCUCAUCGAGUUUUUUGACACAUUACUCUGUCGUUUGAUGCUUUCUCUUUGCAAUUGUAAUUUGCAAUGAUUCAGUGAGAUAGCUACAGCAAUUUUUCAAAUUACACAAUAAAUACAAGUAUACAUGAAGGUGAGUCUUUCUAUCACAGGCAACAUGACCGACUAUGAAGCUGCCACCGCCUUCAUCGGGGAAUGGGGACGUUUCCAGCAGGAGGUGUUUUUCCUCCUGUGUAUGAGCAUCAUCCCAAACGGCUUCACCUCCCUGUCCAUCGUCUUCCUCGCGGACACGCUGCCUCAUCGCUGCCUCAUCCCCGCACACGUGAACCUCACUGCCGCGUGGAGGAACAGCAGCAUCCCGCUCGAGGCUGACAGCCCCAGCGGCACGCUCGUGCCCAGCAAGUGCGCGAGAUACAAACUCCAAGAUGUGCUGGAUUUCUCGGACAGAGGCUUGCUCCCGGGAGUUGAUGUUAACCUGUCUCAUGUGUCGACAGAAGGCUGCUUGGACGGGUGGGAGUACGACAGGAGCGUGUAUAAUUCUACUAUUAUAUCUGAGUGGGACCUGGUGUGUGAUGACAGGUGGAAGAACCCUCUGACUUCUUCUAUCUUCUUCUGUGGAGUUCUCUCUGGGUCACUUAUUUCGGGACAGCUCUCUGACAGGUAUGGGAGAAAAAACAUAUUAUUCGUUACCAUUGCUGUCCAGACAGUGGCCACAUUCCUUCUGGUCUUCUCACAAUCCUGGGUCAUGUUCUGCGCCAUCUAUUUCAUUGUUGGAUUGGGCGCAAUCUCCAAUUAUGUUACUGCGUUUGUACUAGGAGCAGAGAUUUUAGGCCAACAUGUUCGGACAGUCUUCUCUACAGCAGGCGUGAGCCUUUUCUUUGCUGUGGGCUACAUGCUGCUGCCACUGUUUGCCUUCUUCAUCAGAGACUGGAGGAUGCUUAGUCUUGGGCUUGCCCUGCCUGGCUUUUUCUGUGUUCCUCUAUGGUGGUACAUCCCAGAGUCUCCUCGUUGGCUGCUCUCUCAGGGUAGAGUUGAAGAGGCUGAAGCCAUCAUAAGAAAUGCUGCUAAAAGGAACAAAAUUGAGGCGCCAUCAGUCAUCUUUAGUCCUCUGCAGAUAGAACUUCAAUCUGAUCAGAGGAAGGCCUACAACAUCUGUGACCUGCUCCGCUCUCCAAACAUCCGCUGGCUCUCUAUCACGCUGUGGCUAGUCUGGAACACAGUGGCCAUUGGCUACUUCGCUCUUUCCCUGAACACAUCAAACCUUCACGGCAACGCAUUCUUCAACUGUUUCUUGUCUGCCCUGGUAGAGAUACCUGCCUACACUUUGUCCUGGGUUAUGUUUCGCUGGUUUUCAAGGCGACUGAGUCUUUCCUCAACGCUUUUCAUGGGAGGAUUGUUUCUACUCCUCAUACAGCUCGUACCAGCAAAUCAGAUUUUUCUAGCCAUUACACUGGAGAUGAUGGGGAAGUUUGCAGUGACAACAGCGUUCGCUAUUGUGUACGCAUACACAGCAGAGCUCUACCCGACUGUUUUGAGGAACACAGCUUUGGGAACCUGCUCCAUGGUCUCCAGAGUAGGCAGCAUCAUUGCUCCAUACUUCAUUUAUUUAAGAAGCUAUUCGGUUUCACUGCCUUACAUCCUCAUGGGAAGUCUGACAGCUCUAGUUGGGUUGCUGAGUCUCCUGCUGCCUGAGACCCGUGGAAUGCCUCUGCCUGACACCAUCACUCACAUGCAACGCUUCCCCGGAUGUUGCCAGAAGAAACCUAACACACUAACUCAGGUGGAGGAAAAUGAAAACCCAGCUGAAAGGAAGUCUCUGGUUGUCCAGUGAAGAUCUGAUGUUCUGUGUAAGGCAAAUAUCUGGACAGAAAUCCCAUGAUUCACUUUAACGUGCACAGAGGAGCUGAACAUUUCUUCAAAUAAUGUGACUAUGCUUUCAAACAUAUCCUUUGAACUGGAGUGAUGUUCUCCUUUUGGUGGUACAGUGAAAGGAAAAGUGUGACAAUGUUUUUGACAAUGCGAUUUACUGCUGUUACCCUUAUUAAUAAUAAUUUUUCUUUUACUAACGACACAACUGUAUUGUUCCACAUUUACUGCACCACAAUAUUGCAAAGUGUAUGGUAAAUAUUUGGAAUACAUUUGUCAUAAACUCCAUGCAGAGAAUUCAAGCACAAUGUAAUUAACUCCAAAUGUUGGUCAAAUGUUGAAGAAAUAUGUCAACCUUUAUUUCUUGUAAAAUUCAUUUCUCAAAGAGGACAAUUUUUGUACAUUUAAAAAAAAAAAUCAUAUUACCUUUUUUAAUGACUAAAAACUCGUCAAUGAUGGCAUGAAAUAUUUUAGACGGUCAAAGUUUUGUUUCAAAAGGCAGCCCAGGUUUUGAAUGUUGUUUCCGAGAGAUGAUUGGCCACUUCAAGCUGUUUGGACAAAAGACAAACAAACAGAGAAACAUUAUUCGUUUGAGUUUUAAAAAGAGCAAAACUGAAAUUUCAUUAUGAUGAGUGGGAGGGUGUUUUGCUUUUAUUAAAAAACAAAAAUGAAUCUGUGACAUCAUGUUUUCUGUUGUUCAAAAAAUCUGUUCUGGUAUCUGUACAAAAACUGACUAGUUUGUUAUGACAUUACUUCCUGUCCUUACGAAGAUACAUUUAUACAUAAACGGUAAAGACUCAAGUUAAAAAUCCAAAUAAACUUUUGACUUUAAAAGGA